AUGAACGUUGAACUAUCACCGCGCUCGGUACGCUUCUCCAACGGCACCGCCGCUGAAGACUUUGACUCUUCCAAAGCACCUAGAGUCAUGGAGCGACCGUAUGUGCCGUCAAAUGAUUCCGCCGGCUCGCUGCAAUCCGUGGACACCCAAGGUUCUACCCAUCCUGGAGUCGACGCGAGAACCACCUACGCGGCAUCUGUUCCGGCGCCUGAUACUCGGCCUCCACUGACCGGUGUCAAUGCCAAUUCGAAUCUGCACAGCUAUCGAGCUGGUGGAGAUGCGAAUGGGGCGUAUGGCAGGAAUGAAGUGUCGUUUCCUCCAGGCGCCACCUACAACAGCCCGAAUGCCAGGCCCCAGAGGCCAACAGGACCAGCGCGGACACCAUCGAAUACCUAUGCACCGGCACGCCGCCCUCCACAACCGCCGUAUAUCUCAAUAUCCGAUCGAAAUCGAUCUGGAUCUACGUCCAGAUUCAGACUGCAGGAUCCAAACGCCUCGUAUCGCGCACAGGAGAAGGCAUAUGUACAACGCCUUAGACAAGACCAACCCUUCGAAUAUUUCGAACCAUACACCCCUAGUGUUGGAUAUGGAACUGGAUCUGACACGGAGGACGAGUCUCCCUCAGACCUACAAUUUGACGCAGAUUCAUAUGAUCAAGAGACCCUUCUUUUCUACGGGAACGAUGAUAUCCAGGCUACAUCAGAGGAUCUUCAGGACCCGUCAAAACGAGAACGGCUCGAGUGGCAUGGCAUGUUGGCAUCCGUCUUAACGGGAGACGUAGUGCGGCAGGAGAAGAAACGAUUGAUAGGGGCAUCAGACAAGCAAGAGGAAAACCUUCACACCGAGAUAUGGAUGGGAAUACGCUCCAAGAUAUGUGGCCGGACGUUAGCCGCACAGCGACGGAUUGUAGAGGAUUCGCGGUCGACCCUUGAUAAUGUACUAGAUGAAAUCAUCAAGUUUCAGGUACAGGGCACGAGUGAGGCUGGCAAACCUCCUAUAGAUCAGGUGCGAGAUAUUGUGAAGAAGAUCGACAAAUGCGAAAGCCUCUACCCGACGCGCACAGCUCUUGAGGCCGCCAACAAAUUUGCUGCAUCUCCUCAAUACCAAGCGACGUAUAAUGCUGUCAUGGCCUGGCACAAUACUACAGAACUUAUCAAUACCAAACUUGGAAUCUUGCAAAACUGGGUGGGAAACCCUGAGUUGGAUUUCAAUAAAGCGAAAGAGCGGUCUCCAUCCGGAAACGGCCUGUCUGACGAAGCCUCGUUUGUAGAUAGGCUUCUAAAAGAGGACGGGCUUAAGUCUCUACAAGGCGACAAGAGCAUCCUUAUUGGUGUUUCUAGUGUCAUCAAGAAGGCUAAGAGUACGCUGAUCGAGAACUCUGAAGGUUUUGCAAGGCGGCAUCUCCCACCGUACAUCGAGGAGUUACUUACACUCAUCAACUUUCCAUCCCGGCUAAUCGAAGAAAUCAUCAAAGUGCGGGUACAAUUUGCCAGGAAGAUGAAAGAUUCAGCCCAGCAAAGUGCUAUGAUGCAGGAACAGAUGAUUUCUCAAUUUCAGAUUCUGCUAAAACUUGCAAUACGGAUCAAGCUGGAGUAUGUUACCAUCUCUCAGCCAGAACCAGGUUGGGACCUCCCACCAUGCAUCGAUGAAUCAUUCGAUCAGGUGGUACUAGAUGCCCUGAAAUUCUACUUCAAAAUGUUAAACUGGAAGCUCGGCAGCAACAGAAAUACAUUCAAGGAGGCCGAAGUGUUAGAGCAGGAAUGGGGUUUCUCAAAUGAGAUUGGGCGCCACCUCCAAGGCGGUGAUGUCGAGGUUGCAGAACAAUUCAGCUCGCUCACCUUUAAGGCAUUCUCCAGAUUGAGCCAGACAUUUGAGCGAGAUCUACAGAGAAGGCCGAAAGAAACUGCCGCAGAAAUGACCAAACGCUACAAACAAAACCUCGACUCUGUCCGCGUCCGCCAACGUAUGUUGCAGCGAUUCUCAAGAGUUCUUAGCGAUCGUUUCGAGAAUGCAACCGAUUUCAGCAUAUCCUUAGGCCAGGACGACUUGCAACACUUAUAUUCUAGGCUCAUCGAAACCGGUCAUUUUCUGGUUUAUACUGCAAGUAUCGAACACGACGGAAUUUUUUUGAUAGCGUCGCCUUCCUUGUACAACCGACCGCAAGAUAUUCAAUCCAUCCUUGGCACAUGCUAUCAUUCGGAAGAGAUUCAAGAAGACCCAAACAAUCCCUAUAUACUCGUUCUUCGCCCCGAGAUUCAGAUGCCAUGGGACGGUCGGCAGGUUGAUGCCGAUAUCCCAAAUCCGUCAACUGAUGUCAAACUUGGACACCUUCGAUUGAUUGCACAUGGCUCUCAAGCCAGACUAGCGAAUGCUAGGCUAGCGUUCCUAGACUCCAUCGAUAUGCAUUUAGAUAUGGUAGUUGAACAACGGUCAAACCUCAAAAAGGUCAAUCUCAGGUUGACAGAGAUCAAAAGAGUCGUCUACAAGCUUUCGGGGUUGAUAAUGGAUAGCGUUGAAAACGUUCGGAAGCAGACCAAGGGGUUAGAGUGUCAUGAGUUGAUUCAGACAUGCUUUGUCUUCGCAACUGAAUUUGGCCAGAGAUCCUUACUCUACAUGGAUAGGAACCGGAAGCAGAUGAACAACUUGAAGCUCACGAAACUGGCCCUAGACUGGGUAAGCUUCAUUUGCGAUGACUGCAUUGCCACUGAUCGGAAGACUUUCCGAUGGGCGGUACAGGCCCUCGAAUUCGCCAUGCUCAUGACCACGGGUCAGCACAUUUUAGCUCUAGGUGAUGACGAGUAUACAAGACUUCGUGCCAAGGUUGCUGGUUGCAUGUCUCUCUUGAUAUCACAUUUUGACAUCAUGGGAGCGAGAUCCACGCUCGCAGCCCAAGCUGAGAAGCAACGCAUGGAGGCACUGGCAGGGCAAUUCAGGAAGAUGGAUAUGCAUCGACUAAUGAAUGAUGAAGAAUCAUCAGGAUAUGUCCUAGCACAGAGGCUUGAGCAACUUGCCAGUCUUGAUGAUUUCAGAAAACAAAAAGAGGCUGAAAGACAAGCGCUCGGCCGAGUCUUGGAGGAAUCGAAUGAAGCUGAUCGCUCACUUACAUUCCUAUCUUCCUCAGCAUCAAAUGUAAAUAUGCGAUGGCAGCAGGGCCAAUUCGUCGGUGGUGGCACAUUUGGAUCCGUUUAUGCCGCCAUCAACCUUGAUUCGGGUCAUUUGAUGGCCGUGAAGGAGAUCCGUCUUCAAGACCCAUCACUCAUACCAACCAUUGCUGGGCAGAUUAGGGACGAGAUGAGCGUACUAGAGGUCUUGGAUCAUCCUAACGUUGUGUCUUAUUAUGGGAUUGAGGUUCAUCGGGACAAGGUAUAUAUCUUUAUGGAGUUUUGCUCGGGCGGAUCUCUAGCUGGACUGCUCGAGCAUGGUCGGAUUGAGGAUGAACAAGUAAUCAUGGUAUACGCGCUUCAACUACUGGAGGGCCUUGGGUAUCUUCAUGAGAGUGGCAUUGUGCAUCGCGAUAUCAAGCCUGAAAAUAUUCUCCUCAACCAUAAUGGCGUCAUCAAAUAUGUUGACUUCGGCGCCGCAAAGGUCAUUGCCCGCCAAGGCAAAACUCUCGUACUUGCUGGCACUGGAGGACCCGGCGGAGAGAGAGUUAAGUCGAUGACCGGAACUCCAAUGUACAUGUCCCCCGAAGUCAUCAAGGGCGAGAACCCUGGACGCGCCGGAGCCGUUGAUAUAUGGUCAUUGGGAUGUGUCAUUCUCGAGAUGGCGACAGGGCGUCGGCCAUGGGCGUCACUCGAUAAUGAGUGGGCCAUCAUGUACAACAUUGCGCAGGGCAACCCGCCACAGCUGCCGUCGCCGGACCAACUCAGUCCGCAAGGCCUCGACUUCCUCAAGAAAUGCUUUAUGCGGGAUCCGAACAUGCGUGCCACGGCAGCGGAAUUGCUCCAACAUGAAUGGAUCAUGGCCAUCAAAUCGCAAGUCUCGAUUGAACCUGGGACUCCUAGCGACAGCGGGUCAUCGACACACUCUAGAGGCCCCCUGGGAUAA